AUGUUUAACUUUGUAAACACUCAAGCAUUUAGGCUCAAAGAUUACACCAACACAGUCACCAUAACGGUUCAAAAAAGGUGUAUUUUAUCUAAGGAUUCUCUGUCAUUUCGUAUUGCAUCCAUUGCUGAACUGUCUUUGGGAUGUCGCGGCUAAAUGUUUUCUUAAUUUUGAUCUGUUUGCUUCUGGUGGUAGACGACAUAGAAAGCAGACGUCAUCGACGUUACCGUGACAGAAAUUACGACCACUUUGCACUUGGGGGACGCCCCAGACUACCUCGCUGGAUGUACAGGUACAUGGCUAUGGCUAAUGAUGACGAUGUAAAAAACGAUGACGAAGAUGACGGGGAUGAAAACGACUGGUUGGCUCAGAAAAAUGAAAAAUGGACCACGAAACUCCAGAGGAAAAUGAAAUUGAUCCAGAAACUCCGCAGCAUGAUGACAGCAGACGACUCUGGCGAAGAUAAACCAGAGGAGGCACAGGACGGCGACCAGGAUAAACACGUAAUGGUUCACCGUCGACGAUGGCAGAAACACAAAGGCAAUGGGGCCCAGAGACGUCAGAAAUGGAGAAAAAUGAAGAAGAUGAAGAAAUGGAUGCACAAAAGACCAUCCUGCUUCUGUCUGCAAACUGAACAACUAGAGAAGCUGCAGGAACUGAUAAAGAAGGAGGGCCUGGAGAAAGAAUUCCCCCAGAUAAUGCCACCAGAAGAAAACACCCUAGACGACGAGACAUCCGAUGUCUCCGAUGAUGAGGAUAGCGAUGAUACCGACGACACCGAGGAGAUCGAUAAUGUUAAUGGAGAAUCCAUUAUAUCGGAGGAAGUUACAGAUGACUCUCAUGAGGAACUUCCUUUAAUGACAACAGAAUCAUCUAUCAUUUUACAGUAAAUUCAAAAUUUCAUCGUUUGAACUUUUUGGUGUGGAUUAAAUCAUUUUCACAAUAUCAAAAAAUAAAAAUGAUUCAAUG